AUGGUUGCAUACCGUAUUCUGUUCCUGGCUGGCGCGGCCGCUGCCCUGCCCUUGAACAUCAACCUCGGAGCCUACUCACCGGCUUUGGUAGUGGGUGAUGGUGAAAUUAGUUUCGGAGGUAAUCAAGAUGUGUCCGGCCUGAUGAACGUCCUUGAGGGCGCAGCGGUCAACGCAGCAAACGGAGCAGCGACUAAUGGUGCCGCUCAAGGUGCCGCUCAAGGCCAGGCUCAAGCUCCUGCCGCCCAACCCGCACAAGCGCAGCCCGCCGCUGCUCAACCGGCGGCUGUGCCCGCAACCCAGGCGACUGGCACUUCCACAACCGCCUCCGUGGACCCAACCCUACAGCAGCAGGCUCAACAAAUCGCCGCGCUCCAGGGUAUGGGCAAGGAGAUCGCGCCCCGAGAAGAGGGAGAGACACCAAGCAUCGCCAAGCGCCAAACCGGCUUCGACCGUGCCUUGCAGUUCGCUGAGGCCGCCCUGACCAAGGGACCCAAGGUGCAGCUCGGAACUGGUGAGGGCGGAGCUGGCGUCGGUAUCAUUGUCGACAACAACCAACAGGCUGCUGCCCGCCCCGGUACUGGAGCAACAGAAGGUGCUGCUGCCGCUGCUGCGCCCGCUCAGGCUGCCGCCGCGCCCGCCGGGCUCAAGGGACGACGAGACCUGGGUGCCAGCCAAAAGGUCAAGGUCACCACCAUGUACGUUCGCUCUGGCGUUCCUCCCUCUCUCCAGAACGGCGGUAACAAGAUGAGCGCGCGUGACGUCGCCGUUGAGCCUCGAGUUAUUGAGACCAUCCAGAUCGCUCCCAACAAGAGGGAUGCGAGCCCCAGCCCCAACACCAUCGACGCAGUCAAUCUCAAUGUGGACGGGGAGCAGGGCAUCACGAUGACCUUCGUCGAGACUGUUGAGGAUGCCGAUGAGGGUUCCGCUUGA